AAGUAUUUCGAGAUUUCUCUUUCUUCAAAAACUUGAGUGAGAGAAAAGAAAUUCAGAUUCUCUCACGCGCUUUCGGAUCCUUCCUCCUGACCCCUCUAAAGAAUCCACUCGGGUCGAUAUAUUUUUGUUUUCCUAUCCACUUCUCCAGUUUCUCUUUCAUAAGCAUCUUUGUUGUUUCAUGACCAAAAAAUUACAAGAUCCAUAUCGAACAAACCGUAACCGUAAAUGCUGAAAACAAGAGCAAGAUUUCAUCAGAAAGAUGAAACAAUGUCUCAGUCUGUAGAUCCGCAAACCGAUCUGGUCGGACUCAACAACACCAAAGCGAUCACUAACCCACUGGCUCUGAGUCUCUUGAUCGGUCUGAGAAACAACAAGUGCAUCUCAGAUUCUGAUAUUCUCAGGAGCCCUAAAUCUCCUCUAGAAUUUAGGGUGUUGUCUACAAUGGCUGAGCCCUUCUUCCUCAGAUCUCCUAGAUCAUCACUCACUGCUCAUCUUAGCUAUUCUUGUGUCCCUGCUAAAGUUGGGCUAAGCAUUGUGGAUUAUCUUGGUGAUGAUGGGGUUUUAUCACAAGAUGUCGUGUUUGGACCAGCCUUGAGGCUCAAGUUUUCUGAGUUUAAAGACAAACAUCCCAAGUUUUUUGCAGAAACCAUGUCCUUGAAUGUCGAAAAGAAAAGAUCUGGUGUUAUUUUUGAAAUCGGCGAGAUCGAGCCAAUCGGGUUAAGAAAUCACUCCUUUUGGGAGAUUGAUUGUCCGAGAAAGGCCCGAGUUCUGUCUCAAUCCAAGGCCAUAGCAGAAGGGUACUUUCCAGGGAUUGGUUCAGACAGUGCAUCCUCCUCUUUUCUAUCUGAGGAUGAGAUGGAGAUGUCAGAGGACUACACUUGUAUCAUUGCGCAUGGUCCUAACCCGAAAACCACUCAUAUUUAUGGUGACCGAGUUUUAGAGUGUCACAAGAAUGAGGUUAUAAACAAAGAGAAGCAAUUUGAAACGGAGUUAGAUUCUAUGUUUCUCAGGGAAAACUUCCUUAGCGUGUGUAACUUCUGCAACAAGAAACUUGAAGUUGGUAAAGACAUAUAUAUGUACAGAGGGGAGAAAGCGUUUUGCAGUGAAGAGUGUCGUUCAGAGGAGAUGAUCAUAGAUGAGGAGGACCUGGAAGAUUCGUGCUUAACUAUGCACGAAUCUUUGAAGAAGCUCUUCUGAACAAGAAGCGGCUAAUAAGACAUUAAUGGCCAUGGGACUAGCUUUUAUAGACCCGAUGGUCUUUUAACUACCUAAAAGACUUAUUAUAUAUGUAUUGACUAGUUUCAUGCCAAUGGUAGGUAACAUUUGGCACUAAUAUGGUUCAUCCGUCCACAAAGAGCUGCGUUUAUGCGCAUCUAUUAGCAGCUGCAGCAGCCAUGAAUAGGGCGUCCUAGUUUUUUUUGUAUAUAUUUUUUUUUUGGUUUUGGAUAUGGAAGUCCAAGAACACACUAUUAUGAUCAUAACUGACGCAAUAAGCUUUGUAAAGAGAGUGUUGGUUGCAAGAAAAGGAUCGUGUAACCCACUCCAUUUUUUCUGUGAGUCUUGUUUUGAGGUCUUUCUAUGGAUGUCUGGCCUCAUAAGUUUGUAUUCUCUUUUUUAUUUUGAGGUCUUUUUGUAUAUAUUUUUUUUUGGUUUUGGAUAUGGAAGUCCAAGAACACACUAUUAUGAUCAUAACUGACGCAAUAAGCUUCGUAAAGA